CUUGAACAGCUUUUUAAUUUCAGAUUUUCUUGCAACUUCCAUACAACCGAAAAAUUGAAAGAGAAGCUGAUAAUGUUGGCUUGCAAUUAGCUGCCAGAGCUUGUUUUGAUGUGCGUGAAAGUAGUGCAUUUUGGGCUAAGAUGGCUGUUUUGCAGAAGUCAUUUGAGAAGGUACCCAAUAUAGAAUUCUUAUCUACACAUCCAAGUCAUGAAUCUCGCUCAAAAUAUCUUGAUGAUCUCAUGGAUGAAGCAAUAAAAUUACGCAGCUCCUGUGGAUGUCCUCUGCUUGGAUAUAGAGAUCCGAGGAAAGAAGUUGAAGCUGCUGCUCAUAGGUUAGAACUCAUUAGAAAAGAACUAUUUAAGAAUGACCCUAAACCCGUGAAAAUCUUUCAAAUUUGACUCCUUUAAUGGAAGGUUAUUUAUAUCUCUUCUCCUACACCAAGAAUAAAAUUUCAAUUUAGUUUUUA